AUGCCUAUUAGUCUCAUAGGAUCUCUGUACAAAAUUCUUGCAAAAGUAUUAUCAAAUAGAAUCAAGCAAGUGAUGCCUAUGAUUAUUAGCGAGUCUCAAUCAGCAUUCAUUGGGGGAAGAAAUAUAUUGGAUGGAGUAUUGAUUGCCAAUGAAAUUGUUGAUGGGUGGAAGAAAAAUAAGAUAAAAGUCCAUAUCUCUAUUUUGGUUAAUGGAUCACCAACAGCUGAGUUCAGACCUCAAAGAGGGCUUAGACAGGGUGGUCCAUUAUCACCAUUCCUCUUUAACAUUGUGGCUAAGGGUUUAAAUAUGUUGUUGGGCAAAGCUUUACAAAUGGGGUUGAUUAAAGGGGCAACUGUUGGAUCUAAUGGUAAUUAUGAUUUGACGGUCAUUCGCCAAGAAUACUAUAUUAAUCGGCAAAAAACGAUAAAUGGCCAAUGGAAGAUUAGGCCAAUGGCUACAAGUACUAGUUUGUGUGCUGAUUUUGUUGAAAACGUUAGGCUUCCAUGUUAA